AUGUUCAAUGGUCUCGCGGCUGAAAUCCCUUUGGACCAUAUUGAGAACUUUGAGAGAGUUUGCAACUUCUCUCGUGCGAAUGGAGUGCCACCAGACUACGUCAAAUGCACAUUGUUCCCAUUCUCCUUGGACGUGAAAGCAUCUCGCUGGUUAGUCUCUCUCCCGACUGGUACACUUACUACAUGGGAACAAGUCAGAGCAGCGUUCUUAAGCCACUUCUACACAAAGACGAAAACCACAGCUCUGAGGCAUAAAAUCUCCAAUUUUAAGCAAACGACCGAUGAGCCUUUCUAUGAUGCUUGGGAGCGUUACAAGCAGUACCAAAGGGAAUGCCCUCACCAUGGGUUUGAGGAUGACUACAUACUGGAAGUAUUCUAUGAUGGAGUGAGCUAUGAGUUUCGUAAUGCUCUUGAUUCCUCAAGAAAUGGAGAUUUCAUGACCCAAACAACACCAGGCACAUUUGCACUGAUCGAAAACAUGGAGUCGAGUUCACUCAACAAGAACAAGGAGAAUGAUCGCUCCAAGAGCAUGAACAGCAUUGACGAUCUGGCGGCAAAGGUUGACCAGCUGAUAAAAGGCAAUCAGAGCCAAGUGUUCAUCAUGGAAGAAACUGGUUCAGAGAACAGUGUUUUAGAAGCUGCACCCGAUGCGGAGAACACUGUAGACGAUCAACAAGAAGUGAGCUACGUGACUGGUCAAGGCUGGCAGUACAAGAUCUUACAUCCAAACCCUAACGUGAGGAACAACCCUCAUCUUUUUAAUUACCCUAAGCCGGGCAACCCAGUUGAUCAUGCACAGAACAGUCAAGGACAGCACAACGGGUAUCAGAAGGGGUACCAAGGAAGAACUUACGUUCUGAGCCAGGCGCAUCACAACCAGUUCCAGAACCAAAAGCAGCAGACUGCUCAACAAGCCGCUCCUGCACCUAUGGCUGCUCCGACAGACGAGAUGAAGGGUCUAGCGACAAUGAUGCAGCAGUUGCUCCAAGGUCAACAAAUUCAAGGGAAAGCGUUGAACCAGGUUACCGCAGAUAUCAACUCCAGGAUGAACCACAUGUUCAAUGACCUGAGUACUAAAUAUGACAAUGUCGCUAGCCACAUGCGGCAGAUGGAUAUUCAGAUCGCACAAACAGCCGAGAGCGUUAAGAGGCAGCACGGAACUCUCCCUGGAAAGACUGAUAAAAACCCUAAAGUGUGCAAUGCGGUCGCACUACAGAGUGGAAGAACACUACUGGAUGCGACACCUAAGAAGCUGUCGGCGGCAGAGAAAGGAAAGCAAAAAGAGGGUGAGAACCCACAGUCCGAAACUGCUCCGCCGCCUGACGAGGACACGGACCAGCCUGCUGAGACUGAUCUGGCGCCUGCAGCCACACCUGUCGAGUCUGUUCCUCUGCGAGAAUACACCCCUAGGGUUCCAUAUCCUGUUCCCGCAAAGAAGUCUAAAAAGGAUCGCGAGGAGAUGAAGUGUAAGAAGAUGAUAGAGGAUCUAACCCUCAAGCUACCCCUAAUCGAUGUGAUUUAG